UGCUCGGUUGGGGGAAGGAGCUUACCUUCGGAGAGCCGUGAACAUCACAUCCUCAGGUCUGGAAGCUCUCUUUUAAAUAAACUUUACGAGUAACUGCUAUUAUGGGAAAGAAUAUGAAGGAAAGUAAAGAAAUCGAAAAAGUUCAAGUGCAAAUUCAGGUUCGAUCCGUACCGGACGGCGGUUGGGGUUGGUGUGUGUGUCUUGCCGGUUUCAUCGCACAAUUCGUCGUGUUGGGAAUACAGAACAACACCGGCAUUCUUUACAAGGCGCUGUUAGAGGAAUUCAAGCAAAGUAAAGGAGAAACAGCAUGGGUUCUGUCAAUUGGCCUGGGUAUGAUGUUCCUCUUCGCGCCAGUGACGUCAGCGUUAUGCGAACGCAUUGGUUGUCGGGUAGUAGCAUUCAUUGGUGGUUUGCUUGGAGUGCUGGGAUUUGUGUUAUCAUCGUUUGUUAACGACAUUCCUAAACUUUACUUGACGUUUGGACUCCUGUGGGGGGUUGGUGCAAGCAUGAGUUAUUUGCCAACCCUUCGUUCGCUUCCGUAUUGGUUUGAAAGGCGUAUAAGUUUGACAAACGGAAUCGUUACGGCCGGGAGUGGCGUGGGUACGAUUGCUAUGGGUCCCAUCAUGCAGCUCGCAAUAAACAAUCUAGGGUGGGCCAACGCCGCAAGGGUGCUCGGUGGAGUGUUGUGUCUGUGCACCAUCGGCUCUCUGCUCUACAGAGUACCCAGUCAAACUGAUCUGAAAGAUGAGAAAGCAGAAGAAGCUGACAAGCUCCGUAGACCGCCUAUGUUUGACUUUACUGUCUUCAAGAACAAAGCUUUCUUGGUCUGGUGCAUUGCUUUGAGCGCAUUUAUGAUGGGAUAUUUCGUCCCUUUUGUACACUUGCCUGCCUACGCUGAAGAAUGUGGUAUCCCAAACUCGCAGUCUUCCACGCUGGUUGGCAUGAUGUCGGUUGGCUCGACUUUUGGUCGGCUCUUCUUCGGAAAACUCGGAGAUCACCGAAGAAUGAACCGGCUCUACUGCUUCCAGAUAGCGAUGCUUCUCAUCGGGGUUGCCGAUACGUUGAGUACGCUGACGAAAAGUUACGCUGGCCUGGUUGUGUACAUGUUAUUCUUUGGUGUGUUUGAUGGUUGUUUUGUAGUCUUUUUGGCUGUUCUUUGCGCGGAUAUUGUCGGUGUGGACAAGGUUGCCGCUGGAAUUGGUAUUCAGUUCUUCUUCAUGGCAAUUACGUCUAUCGCUGGUCCUCCUUUAGCAGGCGUUAUCUACGAUCUCGCCCAGUCAUACCAGAUCGCCUUUUACGUUGCUGGCGCCUGCUCCACUGUUGCCACGUGCUUGUUAUUCCUUGUGCCAGCCCUCAUGCCCAAAGAAAGUUACGAAGACGGACGCGACCGCGCAGAGACUGUGCCUUCUGGUGGCAGUGAGAAGCAACUGCUGGAUGGUAUCCGUUCACCAGUCUCCUCUCUUCCUACAACUUCCACAAAAGCUAGUCUUGGCUCGUGCAACAAACUGAACAGUAACUUGCAUCUUUCAGCGAGCCAGUCUUACCUAAAUCGGUACUGGGAUAUGCCAAAGAGAACAAGCAUGCGCGCGAGUAUGGCAAGCCUUUUGUCGUAUUCGCCAUUGCAGCCGCCAAAAGAAGUCCUCGUUGUGGUGGAGAAGGUCUCUCAAGUUUGAGAACAAAGAAGAAGGUCUGUUUCAAAAUGGCACCCAGAACCCUCCCCGCUAAACACUAAAUAGAGCAGAUAAUUUCUGCUUGUGCACUCCAUCUUGUACCACGAGCUCAAGAACUUCUAGGUUAACUAAAGUUCAUUGUAUUUGAGCACCGUACACGUGUCACCCCCAAGCUUGUUGUGUCACGAAAGAUGAGUCAGGCAAAAUGGUACCGCUUCAGUCAUUCGUGCAACAAUACUGUAGGACUCAGUAAAACAGACAUUUGGUAAAAGACGUAUAAACAUUGAUAUUUGAAAAAGGAAUAUGUAAGCCGAUCAUAUUUAUUUAUUUCUCAGAAGCAUAAGUAGCACAAACCAAAAAAAAAAAACAACAACGUUAUGUGAAUUAACAAAAUAUUCGAGUAGCUGUGUGAUUUUCAUUAAGUAUCCGAUAAUUACGAUGAAACUGCAAUUCGACUGGCAAGUAACUUCCUCUAGGCUUAAUACAAAGAGGAAUUAAUAAUUUUUUUUUGUUGGUGUGUAGUGGACUCUACUUCGUAAAUCGCAAAAUUAUCUUGGAAAAAAAUUUGUUUGAAAAACAGUUAACUUUUUUUACGAAGUUUGAUCCUGGGUAGUGCCACUUGCACGUCUUUAAUAGCGUUUUUUAUCUCAGCGUUCAUGCGAAGCCUCAAAAACUAAGUACAAUCACUUUUCAACACACGAAACAGCAAUUCUUCAAGACACAUUCAAUCACCUUUAUUCACUGUUUUGCCCGCUCUAUACUUAUUAUACAGUGAGUUUUCCAAACUGUUCAUGUUGAACCUUCUUCGUUUAAAAUUCUCAGACCUUUUUACAAUUUCUUAGCCAUUUCAGUAGGCUAUUUAUAAAUUCUCUGGACAAAACGAGAGUCUGGAGAUUAUUAUAUAUCUGUAUACAUUGUUGUAAUCUCCAAGUUGCAACCGGAAAUUUGCUAUGAUUUCUGAACUUAGUCGUUGUACGGGCUCAGUUAGAUAGUUAGGAUCCUGUACUAGACUUUUCAAGGAAUCAUCAAUGAUUUGACAGGUGUGAAGUUAUAUAUCAUAUUUAUAAAUUGAUAUUUAAGCCAUCUUUAUUACCAGACAAAAAUCAAACAAAGUAAAAAGAAGAAAACGGUUUAAAAUCCACUGAAUAAAAAACAAAAAUUAAGAUAUUGCAUAUACACCUUGAGUUUGUUGAGGUUUUACAAAAACAGUUUUAAUUUUGUUUUACUGAAUUUAAUGAUACAGACAGAAGGCUAGUGGUACUUUAUAAUUACUGAAAUUAAGUAGCGGAAUAUUCCUAUGAGUGCAUUGAUUACGAUUAGUGUUAGAAGAGUCUAUUUUGAAAAAACUUCUGUUUUGUAGAGUAUGCAUAGAAAAAUUUGAGUUUAUCAUCUAAUUUAUUCUAUUGCGGUUACGGCCGCAUUGGUUUCAUAUGGACUCAGCAAUUUUGUAGGAGGGAUUUUUAGAGAGUUUUAAAGUUUUAUGAAUAAAGACAAUUUAUAAAUCCUUUUAAA